ACUAUAGUGUCUCAUAUUGUUCUCUGAGAGCAAACAACAAAGUGGAAGUGAAAUUAGGAAGUUUAAACAAUGACUACACUAAACCUACUUGCUCAUUAGUGAUUUCAACUGAUGCCAUGUUGUUCUGUCUCUUCAUUUUUGUCCUUCUGCUGUGGCCAAUAGAGUCUUCAGCAGAUACCUACACAGCAAUGGUGGGUCAAACCAUACUUUUACCGUGUUCCUAUGUGACGCCAAUACACAAACCUGUGCCUAUCUGUUGGGGCAGAGGGAUCUGCCCUUUGACUCAGUGUAAUGAACAACUUCUCCUAACUGAUGGACAGAAUGUGAUAUAUCAGAAGGAAAAGAGAUACAGGUUAAAGGGUGUUCUUGCCCAAGGGAACGUAUCCCUAACAAUUGAGAAUGUGAGAGAAGCAGACAGUGGUAGUUAUUGCUGUAGGAUACAAUUCCCAGGUCUAUUUAAUGACCAAAAAACAUCUCUGGAGUUAUUGGUCGAACCAGCUAAGACAACCACCUACAAACCUCAAUUACAUGAGACUUCAAGAAAUACCCAGCCAAACAUAACAGGAUGUGAUAGUAUCCUUGAGGAUGGCUUUACCUACAUCACAGAAAUUCCAGAAAUAACUUCACCAGCUAAUGAGUUACAAAAGUUUGAAGACACUAUACAUAUUGGAAUAUACCUUGGGGUUUGCAUCUUUAUGGUACUAGUCUUAACUCUUGUCCUUGCAACCUUAAUUUUCAAAAGACAUUCCUAUACCAAAAAGAAGUUGCAGGAAUCCAGUGUAAUCUCCAUGUCAAAUCCAUUCCCCAAAACAGAAGAAAGGAUGAGAGCUGAAGAAAAUAUCUAUACCAUAGAAGAGGAUAUUUAUGAAAUAUGAAUGUGUAUAUUCAAGAAGAGCACAAUGACGUUAGAAACCAGAAAUAACUCUAAUCACAUCCUUGCUUGUCUUAUUUAAGUCCACAUGGUUUUAGGUGACCAUGCUGUCCCAUCCCUCAAAUAUCUUUAAUUAGUUCCUAUUUCACACAGGCUAAAAUACAAUUUCUCUGGAGAA